CUUAUUGUUGUGGAUAAAAAGUAUUUUUCCACACGUUAUUUAUAUCAUCAGUUAGCUUUCACGACGUGAGUCGUGAUAUGUGCCUUUGUUUCGUAGUUUUCGACUGCUGCCGUCACUGGCCACAACAUUAGGCACACCGGCUACCGAUCUGUUUGAAAAAGAAAAAAAGAAAUCCUGCUUUUUACAAAUUUGGUAUCAUAUUAUAAACACUAAUUAGAAUGGUAUCUCUCAAAACAGAGCUUUGUUAAUAGUCUUUUUCUUUAAAAAAAAAAAAAAAGCCAUAAUUAAAAUGAUUAGCGGGAAAACGAUUAAUUUAUUUUAACGUCAAAUGAUUGUAAUGACAACUUAAUCAUUUGUACUCGUAGCUCAUACAUCAGAACAAGUCCAUUUCAUUGAAGUUAGGCGGUAACGUGUAUAAAUGGGGUCGAAAAGUAUCUUAAGUGUGUAGUUUAGUCAUAGUACUCAUAAAGGAGACAGACGUAACAUUAUUAUGCAUUCCCCCCCCCCAUAAUUUAAUUUCGAGUCCUGUCGCGAAAAACCGCAACUAAUUGACACAACACUAAAAAUUAACAGUUUAAACCGUAACUAUAUCACAAACUAUAAUCGUCAAACACUUGAACAUAAUUUCAAAGUAAUUUGACAAAAUUACCCUCCAAAAAUGACUUUAUUUGAUAUUAAAAAGAAAAAAAACCCUCCACGAACGACCAGGCUAACCUUAACUUCUCAUCGACUCAGUGGAGAUGUAUUACUUUAACAUACUUCCUUGACACCAAUUUCUAUCGAGACUGAGCUUUGGUGCCAUCUUGUAAGCGAAUACUGGUAGAUUCGAAAGAAAAAAAAAACGCGUACAUUUGUAAAUAAUGAAACACAAAUAGGCAAUGGAUUACUAGACAAGCAAUCAAAAAGUACGUUUUCCAUGAUAUAGUAUUCGCCUGUUAUUUGUGGCAUGAAUAAUGUAAAUCCAUAAAUAAUUGACGUCCACCCAAAAAGGUUUGUCAUUGCCCGUAGAGGACACAAGAUGGCAGAAAAGUACUUUCCAUCCAUCCAUUUUCUGAGCCGCUUCUCCUCACUAGGGUCACAGGCGUGCUGGAGCCAAUCCCAGCUGUCAUCGGGCAGGAGGCGGGGUACACCCUGAACUGGUUGCCAGCCAAUUGCAGGGCACAUACAAACAAACAACCAUUCGCACACACAGUCAUGCCUACGGGCAAUUUAGAGUCUCCAAUUCAUGCAUGUUUUUGGGAUGUGGGAGGAAACCGGAGUGCCCGGAGAAAACCCACGCAGGCACGGGGAGAACAUGCAAAGUCCACACAGGCGGGGCCGGGGAUUGAACCCGGGUCCUCAGAACUGUGAGGCUGACGCUCUAACCAGUCGUCCACCGUGCCGCCAGAAAAAGCACAAUGGGUCGCUGCUGUCCGAAGAAGAAGAGGCAGUGACGUCCCGCUCUGAGGGCGUCCCUGAAUUUGCCGAGGACGAGGAUCCGAGGUUACUCAAGCGUCAGUUCAAGACGGCGGAGAUCGCCGACGCCGUGAUGGGCACCGAGGCCCCCGUCGACCCGUCCGACUUGGAGUCUCUCUUCCCCAAGAAUGUCAAGGACUUCCUGGCGGGCUUCUCGCCGCCUUGCGACGACAACGGCGGCGAGUGUCCCGCUCCGGUUGCCGAGGACGACAGUGCCGAGACGUCCCAGCGGGUGACGUUGGACAUGGUCCACGCUCCCGCCGCCGAGGAGAAGAACACGGAGGCCGCCAAGACCUUCAAGGUCAACUGCGAGCAGAGGAACAUCAGCGACGUGGACUCCUUGGCCGUCAACGUCCUCAACGCAUCGCAGGACCUGAUGGAGUUCCUGAACGCCAACGGUACCGAGUGCUCCGUGGUGCUGUUCUUCACAGGCUGGUGUCAGUUCUCGGCCGGCCUGGCGCCCCAUUUCAACGCCCUGCCUCGGGUCUUUCCCGCCGUGCACUUCCUGGCCCUGGACGCCUCGCAGCACAGCAGCCUGUCGACCCGAUUCGGGACGGUGGCGGUCCCCAAUAUCCUUCUCUUCCAGGGAGCCAAACCUAUGGCCCGCUUUAACCACACGGAGAGAACCCUGGACAUGCUUGCCUCCUUCAUCACCAACCAGACGGGGUUGGAGGCGGGGCCGGAGAGGAACGUGACAGACGCCGACCGCCUGGGCCCCCUGGCCAGCGUGCCGGUGAAGAGCGUCGACUGGAUGCUCGUCUUCUCGGUGCUCUUCAUCGCCGGCUUCACCACCUACGGGAUCCUGCGCACCGACAGCGUCCGCUGGCUCAUCCCGGGCCAGGAGCACGAACAUCAGGACUGAAACGCUCGCUGACUGACUGACACUGGAUUGAAUGGAUUUUUCAUGAUGCUUUCAUGAACGACGUUUCCGUUAGAGGUGGUGUGUUGAGGCUUUAUAAAUGUGGGUUGCUGAGUUUAAAAAAAAAAAGUUGCAGCUGCUCCUCCCUGGCCAGUCCCUCAAGGACUGUGAUAGUAAGUGUGAGCGGGGGGAGGCGAUGCAUAUCGGCCAACAAAUUCUCAGCCAGGUCAAGUCAUCAUCGGAAGCGAAAUCUUUAGUUUGACGCGAUCUGAUGUUCAACAAACUGUGUUUAAUUGUCAAACUUUGAUGCACCAGUGAUUUUAUUACAUUUCUAUGAGUGUCUCUAAAUGGAGUGAAUUUUGUAGAUGUUUCAUAAGCAGUGUUGGGGAGUAACUCAUCUCAUUUUACUACUAGAUUAUGUAAUUUAAUUUAAUUUAAUUUAAUUUUUCAUUGCAAUCCAUUACAUUACUGGGAUAAACUGUUUAAUUAAAUUAGUUGCUUUUGGAAAUGUCCAUAAUUCCAAUUUGAGCUACAUUUGAAAAAUAGCUACAAAAGCUAAGAGUUUGUUUUUUGUUUCCCCAUAUCCUUUCCUCCUCCGAAAGCCGACGCUUGUGAUUGGCUCUCUCUGGUCAUGUGCCAUUAAGCUGUAGUGUCAAACGUGACCUAUUUUCCAAUUUUCACCUCCAAGCGUCACCUUGUGGUGCAGUCGAAUAGUUUGUCUGAGAUUUGCAAAAGGUUAGACUCAUAGUUACACUUUUGAACAGUUUCAUCUUUAUAAUUUAGACUUUUUUUUUUUUUUUUUGAACAUUAACUUAUCUGGGUUGUCAUAUGAAGUGAUAUUGUCUAAAUUGUGCACAUUUGUCUUUUGUCAACAUGGUAUAAUGUUUUCCACAUACUGUGCACAUAAUGCAACAAACAAAUUUUUUAAAUUAUGUAUUGACAGUUCAUCAUGUUAUCAGUUUAUUCGGGUUUAGAGAAAAUAUAAUUCCAAAGUAGUGAUCUAUGGUAGAUCCAAGGGCCCUGUUGAUGCAUUCAUCCAGAAUAAAGAAAGUUAUUAUCAAAAUCUAAUCAAA